UCCAAGGGCUUCUUCCAAUCAAAACAGCGUCGACUCCAAGUUCCUCUUCCGGUCAUGAACCUUUCCUUUGUCUUCUGCUUCUCUCUUUGUCCUUAAAUUCAUUUCCCUUUGUCCUUCUCCACCUGUCUCUCUCUCUCUGCUUCCUCCUUUUUAUCGUGGUUGACUUGGCCUUCUUAAGCAAAAAUUUGCUAUAAAACCUUCAUGCAUUUCUCAACUCCACCCCAUAAAUUUCAAAACUGCUGAAGAAACAAAAGGAGAGCAAUGUCGGGCGAUUGGGGGCCUGUGUUAGUGGCAACGGUGCUGUUCGUGUUGUGCACACCAGGGUUGCUUUGUCAGUUGCCUGGAAACAAAAGGCCAGUGGAAUUUGCAAACUUUCAGACCAGCCCCAUCUCCAUUUUUAUUCACACAAUCAUAUUCUUUGGCCUAGUCACCAUCUUUGUGAUAGCUAUUGGAAUUCACAUCUACUCAGGCUAG